AUGAAAUCAAGUAAUGGUCCCGGAUCACCUACUUUGAGAUCUGCAUCAUCAUUAUCUAGUCUGCGAAAAAAGUAUCUAAGAUCAGGAUCCAUAUCUACUUCGAGUAGUAGUCGGAGCGCUUCUCCUACUAGGUCAUCUAGUUCACUUACAGACCCUUUUGCACGCAAAGUUAGGAUUUUGAGAAGUUGCAGCAAUGAAAGUCCCACAAGACGUCAAGAAUCAUAUACAGGUACCAUAUCAGUGGUCAUACGGCCCAAACCUGUGGCGAAUCGAGAACGUGAUCCUUGGCACAUUAGAGAUGGGACGACAAUAUCGCACGAUGAGGCAGGCGAGUUUACAUUUGAUCGUGUAUUCCCUGCUAACUGUACGAAUUUGGACAUUUAUGAAGCGAGUAGUCGUCCUAUGAUUGAUAAACUUUUACAAGGGUUCAAUGCGACAGUGUUUGCAUAUGGGAUGACGGGAUCAGGUAAGACAUUUACUAUGACUGGGACUGAAGACGAGGCCGGUUUGAUCCCACUAUCUGUCACCUACCUUUUCAGUAAGAUCCUGGAACACUCAAUGAGAGGGACAAGCAAAUACGAAGUGGUUGUGUCAUAUUUGGAGAUCUAUAACGAAAAGAUCUACGAUUUGCUUGAUUGUGAAAGCGAGAACAAAUUCAAUUCCACCCCAUCGCGAAUGUUCUUAUCAGGGACUCCAAGAAGCUCUGGUGGUCCAGUAGAGUUAAGGAUCAGAGACGAUUUGAAAUACGGGGUACGGAUAACAGGUUUGACUGAGAAGAGAUGUGAGUCUAGUGAGGAGUUGUCGAGAUGGAUCCAAAUUGGUGAUAAGAACCGUAAGACAAGUGAGACGAUUUACAAUACAAGAAGUUCUCGUUCACACGCAAUUGUCCUAGUAAGGUUGAACAAUACUGAUUUAAGGAGCGGUGAAACGGUUUCCAGUACACUUUCGUUAUGCGACUUGGCUGGAUCUGAAAAGGCUGUUAGUCAGUAUGAAAGAAGGAAAGAAGGUGCUUUCAUUAACAAAUCCCUGCUGGCACUGGGAACAGUUAUAUCCAAAUUGAGCUCGGAAUCUCUGAGCAAAAACGGGCCACCCACUUUCACCAGUACCAAUCCCACUGAACCAAACACUCAUAUUCCAUACAGAGACUCUAAACUAACGCGAAUAUUACAACCGGCACUAAGUGGGAAUAGUAUUAUCACUACAAUUUGCACAAUUGAUACCAGGAAUGAAGCAGCUUCCGAGACGGUGAACACGAUAAGAUUUGCUUCUCGAGCCAAAAACGUUACUCUUCAAGUUGCGAAAAGACCUGCGGUAGGGACAGGCAGUUACAAUGAGAAGGACCAGACAAUAGAAAAUUUGACACAACAGUUGGAAAAACAACAUCAGCUUGUGAUGAGAUUGAAACAAAGGACCUCUAUGACAUCAAGUUCACACAACGACGACAGCACAGUAGAUCCGAAUUCUACACUGCUAAAAGCAGAAAACAGAGUGCUGAAAUGCAAACUAAGCAAUUGCGAGAAACUACUUGAUAAGGACACUAUAGAAUUAGAAGAUUCUGAGAUGGUUGCAAUAAUUGACAUGUUGCCAAUUGACGUCGGCUCUGUGCUGGAAACCAAAUUUCAAGGAUUAGAGUCACAACUAAGACAAUACAAGGAGUAUACCAAGCAGCUGGAGUUUAAGCUUAUGAACUUUGACAGAAGGGAAAAUGUUUCUGCAGAGCCCUUUACCGCACAUGUCAAUAGUGUAAUACAAAGUAAAGAUGUGGAAAUCUUAGAGUUGAGAAGGUCGCUUGAGCGCAAGGAUAAGAUGAUUGAAGCUUUGCAAAGUGUCAAACGCUUGCGCGAGAGGGCAUUAAAACCAAUAGAGAAUAAAGACGAAGUUGUGGAGCACAGGGAAAGAGGCAAAUACUUCUAG